UUUUGAGACAAGUGGGCGGGCUCUUGACGGGGUAGCUUGGUUGAGUGGUCUCGAGGAUGCUGUGGAGACUCGACUCUGGAAAAUCAGGAGAGUGUGUUGUGUGUCUGAGGAAAGGCGGCGGCGAUUUAAAACAGAUAUAACAUUCAACCGGCGAAAACAAAAAGCAGUCUCUCUGACAUCGAUUGUGUCUAAUUCGAUAAAUUAUCUGUACUAACCGGUAGUUUUAGCGGUUGCUAUGGAUGGGUAAAACGGGCAAAGGCGGAAUGUUUGGCAGGUUGGGUUACACGAGCGACUGGUGUUUUUGUAUUUGUAACUUAUUGAUUAUGAAAAACAGUAUGUAGGGCAGAUAUUACAAUGACACAAUCUUAAGCGGUAUUUUCGGUGUUGCUGGUAAGUUAAAGAAUUCAUUUGGGUGCAGUUGUUGUUGCUGUGGAGAUCAGUUUGUUUCUACCUGUUCCUCGGAUUUAUAAACACAGGGUGGUUUUAGUAAUAAAUACAUAUGUACCAAUACUGUGUUUUACUUAGUCCUGACGUCCUCAUUUCAGAUGUAGGGUCCUCAUGCGUGUAAUUCUUCGGCUAGUGGAGUAAUUAUUUGUCUGUUCCGUUCCAGUAAGUUAUUAUAUAUUGUACCGAAGGGAGAGACUCACAGCAGUAACAUUCAUGUUAUAUAAUAAAGGACAGUGUAUACAAUAUUAUUUGGAGGCUGUACUAGACGCCAAAGUCCACUUAUCCCAGAAACGUAAAGUACUUUCCUUUUCCAAACAGAGAAGUGUCACGCAAAAUACCGGUAAGCUGUAUUCUGAAAUAUGGGAACAUGUAAUGUGUUAAGCACGCCCGGUAAUAUUGUAUUAUAAAAUGGCAGCGAGUGGCUUCACCGACCUGAGAGAGAAACUGAAAUCUAUGACACCCCACAGAGACGAUUACAAACCCAAGGUGUCGGACUACAGCAAUGGACGCAAGCGUAAAUACCACGACUCCGAGGAAGACUACAGCGACUACGAAGAGCAGAGAGAAGUGGAGGCCCAGAAAGUGCAGGAUGGCAUCAGGCAAGUGAACAUUUUCAGUUCGGGGGACUGCGCCCAUAUCGAAGCUAAGAUCGACGAUGUCGUAUCUAAAGCUGAGAAGGGUCUGUACCGGGAGCACACGGUGGACCGGGCACCCCUGCGAAACAAAUAUUUCUUUGGGGAGGGCUACACCUACGGCGCGCAGUUAGAAAAGAGAGGCCCCGGGCAGGAGCGGUUAUACUCCAAGGGAGAGGUCGAUGACAUCCCAGACUGGGUUCAUGAACUGGUUAUAAAGAAGCUGGUGGAAAGCCGGGUCAUCCCUGAAGGUUUCGUCAACAGCGCUGUUAUAAACGAUUACCAGCCAGGAGGCUGCAUCGUUUCACACGUGGACCCCAUUCACAUCUUUGAGAGGCCCAUCGUGUCGGUGUCAUUCUUCAGCGACUCUGCGCUGUGCUUCGGAUGCAAGUUUCAGUUCAAGCCCAUCCGAGUGUCCGAGCCGGUGCUUUUCCUUCCAGUAAGACGAGGGAGCGUCACUGUGCUAAGCGGUUACGCAGCUGAUGAAAUUACCCACUGUAUUCGACCACAGGAUAUAAAGGAAAGAAGAGCUGUCAUCAUACUAAGAAAAACACGGUCUGAUGCCCCACGAUUGGAAACCAAGGCAUUAAGUGCUACAGAUCCACCUGCUGCCACCCCAGAAAGACCCCGGAUGUUGAAACCAAAGCGAUCGCAUCGUAAGGCAGACCCUGACGCUGCUCAUAGGCCUCGAGUAUUGGAAAUGGACAAAGAAGAAAACAGACGCUCUGUCAUUUUACCAGAACACAGGAGAAAGAGAGGUUCCAGUUCAGAGAAUUACUGGAGAAGGUCCCACGAGGCUUCAGACAGUUACGAUGACACAGACGACAAUGCAAACUCAGCAAGGAAAGUGAAAAUGAGACGGCACUGAGGGAGGGAAGUCUGCAGAGUGCUCUCCAAGUCUAGCCAACGUGUUGGGGGAAUUAUUGAAAUCUCUGUUUGCAUGCAGGCUUAGAAGUAGUUUUUUUUUUUUUUUUUUUGACGUCCGCUACCAAGCAGCACACUAACAGUUACUCUGCUGGUUGUGAUCAGAUUUUUUUACUUUAUUUUAAACAACGUUUUGAUUUAAUGUGAUGAGGGUGGGGGGGUGACACACACACCUUUCUUGACUCUGCAGUGGACAGUAACUGAGAAGCAUUAUUACAAGCAGCUGCAAGUUCAAUUGACCACUCCUCCAUAUCUGUGCAUCUCAUAAAAUCUCAAUGUAUGUAACAUACUUGGAUAUGGUACUUACUGUUGCAUACAGAGAGGCUUCGGUGAUCAAAUCUGUGAUAAAAGGUAAAGAAGGAGCACAUGCAUGUCCACUCAGAUUAAAUUCUCAUGCUGCCAAUACAGAUCGAUCAGAUCAUCAAUUUGAACAAGGCAUUGAAAAAAAAAGUGGGUUCUGUUGUAAAGUUUGUGGAAGGAACUUGCAAGCCUUUUUUGUGGGCAGAGUUAAUAUUUUUUUUUUAUUUUUAUUUUUUUUCAAAUAUGCAGACUUGCUGAGCAUGUAUUUUUUUGGUUUGUUUUGUUUUUUCUCCAAACCAGAACUCUUGUAGACCGAAAUGUAUGUGUGUGCAUCUGACGGUUUGUGGGGAAAUUCUCGUAAAACAAACAAAAAUAUAUAUAUUUUUUUUGCCUUGAAUAAAGAAGUUGCCAUGAUUUAUUGCACGGGCUUCUCCGUUUAGUGCUUGCAUCGUAACCUUUUUAUUUUAAUUAUUAACAGUGCAGUAUCUGCUUUUCAGAUCAAACUCAAAAGAAGUGUCAAAUAUUAAAACCAAAUUAUAAAACUCAGAAUAUCUUUUUAUAGAUUUGGCCACCAAUAAAAGGGUCUAAUGCAUCGGAUUUAAAUGGCUGCAAAUUUAAUAAGUAAAGGUCCCUUUUUAAAUUAUUGAAACGGAUGCUCUUGUGUUUACAUCAAUUAAAUAUCCAGUUCUUUAAUAUCUUCUGAUCUAUGAUCAGCAACAUAGAAACACCCUGUCUCCUGCCACAGUUUUAAUAUUUGGUCACUUUUUAUGCUUUGAGAGAUGAAAUACUGUUGCAUUUAAUUAAAGAGAAUGCUUGCAUUUUAUUUUUUGUUGCAGAUGGGAUGUCUGGUUUUCAAAGUAAAAACGUAUAUUUGCUUGUAACAGAUGUACAGGUUAAGAAAUUGUACUCAAGAAGGAAUUAUAUAAAUGAGAAAUAUUUUAUGUAAAAAAAAUAAAAUAAAAAAAAAUUUGAGUUAUUUUAAAAAAA